UAUGUACACAAAUAUCUAUGUACGUGUAUUACAUACACAUUGAUUGGGGGAUUACAGAAAUUAUACGCACAUUCUUCAUUCAACAUAUUCAAAAUAUUAUUGUGUAUUCUAGUCUCUCUUCUUCUGUUCAGUACGACAUCCAGUAUUUUUUAUGCUAAUUAGCAUAAUUCAAUCCAUAGAAAAUGCAUUGAUUUUUUCGUAGCACACGAGGUAGGAUAGAUGAUCAAAAUUUGAGAUGCUAUUCACUUCGAAGCAGGUGGAUGAGAUGUAUUGUAAUGAUUUUACACACAUAUGUAUUUAUGUACAUAUGUAUAUACAUGCUUGUUGGUAUUAUGUAACACUACACAGCAUGCUUAAAUAUUAUCACAACAUAUGAAAUUCUGCCUAUCUAAUCUGCAUUGUCUCGUUGUUUGGUAUUAUUGAAUCUGCCUUUGUGUUUAGGGAUUAAUAUGUUCUUAAUGUACGGAUAGGUCGCAGGACGUGAAGGUUUAGUGCCAAUAAUAAUAAUGACAAGUUCUGAAAUAGACGAUAAAUUUUUACGUCUUAUACAAGCUACUCCAUAUUUGUAUCAACUAUGGGAUCAACUCAGAAAUGAAGGAUUCGAAAUCGGAAGUGAGGCGGAAAUUAAUCGUGCUGGAACUACAUUUCAAAGGUUCCGUCGUCUUUACGAUAACUUACUCCAAAAUCGCUACAAGUUUGAUUCAAGUCAGUGGGAAAAGUUACAACUAAUUUUUCAGUUAACUUGUAACACGGCCGGAUUCGAGUUAUUGCAGAAAUAUUUUGGUGAUGAAUCUGAAAAAGAGAUUUAUAAUCCUUCCAUUAAUGAAUUUUUUGUUAGCCCCGAUGACUUGUCUAUGCCAUUUAAUAAUUCUUCAGUUAAGCAAGCUUUAUUUAAAUCAGCCCGAAAUGGUAAUGUUAUCAAAAUGCGCGAAAUGUUGGCAAGCAUAUUACAAAUAUUCUCGUCUCAAGGCGACGAAGAGGAAAUGGUGCAAAAGUUUGGAAACUUUUUAUUGAGGACUCAAGACAAAGUUGGGAAGUGUAUUUUGCAUGCAGCUGUGGAUGGAAAUUGUAUCGAAUGUAUCGAGCAAGUCCUGGAAUAUUCUCACCAAGUCGGAGUAAAAGGAAAGAUGUUGGAUUCACAAACAAUUUUUGACGAGACUGGAUUGCUCAUUGCAAUUAAAAAGGGAUAUUUAUCUGUAGCUAGGAAAUUAAUUAUCGAGGGAGCAAACAUUUUUAUUCAAAAUCGUAUUGGGCAUUAUCCACUCCAACAAAUUUACCAAUUGUACCCAACUUUCGCGACAUUUCUGUUGGAUACCUCAAUUUCCGUGACCAGCGGAGGGGGUGCCUUUGUGCUAAGUCUAAACAUUGACAUGUCCUUAUUUACAAAUGCCGUUUUAAAGUUUAAAGUGAACAGUAACAAUUGGGUUCGUCGUGUCACAGAUUACAGUUUAGUUCCUAAUAAACCCUGCACAAAAAGUGGGACAGCUUCAGUGGAAGAAAAUGACACCAUGAAUCCGGAAAUGUACAUUCUAGCUCAGUUAGUCUAUUUGAAGGGGAAGGAUUGCAAAACGAUUGUGGAACAUCCUGUAACAGAAAUAUUCGUGGGCAUUAAGUGGGUAAUGCUCAAGCAUCGGAUUCAUCUGAUUAAGACAUACAUUCCACUCGCCAAAUACUUGGUUUAUUUCUAUUUGAUGUACAAUUUCUACGUGGUGGACGAAAACGAAGAAAAUGAAAAUGUGGCGUCGACCACUUCAUCGUCAAACUAUUUGGGGUUUGGACUUGUCCCAAUUUUUAUCCUGUUGCUCAUAACCAGCAUAUCGAUGCGAUUGCUGCUUGUCCAUUUUGUAAAAGAAUUGUGUGCGAGUCCAUCAAAUGAAAACAGAACUUGGAGAUGUACCCCGUUUGGACGUGUGACACAAGUAUCGUUUACAGUUGUGUCACUCGUCACAGUUUUGCUACCAAUAUGUGCUGAGAAAGAGAAAGCACAGUUUUACGGAAAUCCUUUGGCUGUGGUUGGCCUCCUGCUAUCUGCCUUUCUACUUCUUGGCGUAAUUGCGGAAUCAAACUUAAACCAUGGAGUUAAAUCAAUCUAUAUUUAUGUUUACUACAAAGUUGCAAAGAGAUUUAUUUCUGUGCUUUGCACAUUCCUCCCACUUUUGAUCGCAUUUGUGCUAGCGUUUCAAAUUAUUUUUGGAAAGAACUCUGAAUUUUCUGGAUUCUGGAGAACAUUGUUCCGCUUAGUGAUAAUGCUGCAAGGAGAAUUUGAAUAUGAAAAUGGGACACGAUUUGAUUUCGGUGGAAAUAUUUCUCAAACUAAAGUCUGGUGUGGACGUAUACUUUUUGCAGUGCUGUCCUGUUUUCUCGCAAUUCUGUUAAUUGAUGUUUUUCUGGGGUAUACAAUUUGCGAUGUGGAGGUGAGAAAGAUAUUCUGUACUAUCUACGGAAAGUAUUUGGGACUAUGCAAUCAAAUUAAGCAACUAUAUUUUACCGAAAAAGUUUUGGAAAUGUUGCGAAAAACGAGAUGGAUUGGUAAACUUGCUAUUCUGCAAAACUGGAUUAGCCUGGACUCAAUAAAUGUGAUAAAAUCAAAGAAUAAGUUACAGUUUAGGAAUGAAGUUCUUGUGAACUGGACAAAUUUGGACAAGUCGCAAAGGAAUAAAUUACACAAACUUAUUUUCUCAUAAGACAAGCGUGCUUGAAGUUUGGAUUUUUAAAUUGUUUUAAAUUCAAAUUGUUCAGUUCAGCAUUUACAGCAAUUACAUUAAUAAAUGCAAUCGGUGGUGAAUAUGAAUGUCAUGAUAAUAAGAAA